AUGACAGCCAAUCCUCCUACAGAGAAGGACAUCACGGCAAAAUGCAGAACGACGUUGAUUGUUGUUCCCUCUAGUUCUCUGAACCAGUGGAAACGCGAGAUCGCGAAACAUACCUUCUUCAAGGAACCCCUUGUCUUCAAGGGAUCUCAUGCAAAUGGUACACCACUCGAGAUGAUGAGCGAUUGGGACAUCAUCCUCACUACUUACACGGAGGUCAUGGCUGGAUAUCCAUCCAAGAACGUAAUUGAAACCAUCAACCAGAAAGAUCUUUCCGAAGACAAAUGGAAAGAAGAAGUCCAUAAAAAUCUUAGCAAGCUCUUUAAGAUUAACUUCUACCGUGUCGUACUAGACGAGGCACAUUUAAUCAGAAACGCCAAAGCGCAGACAAGCAAAGCGUGCUGCAAUUUGAGCUCCAAGCAAGCCAAUUCGGAGUUUUUAGGCCGUCCAAUUCUGGACAUCCCUAAGUGCUACCCAACAAAGGACAUCUGGGUGUCUUUUUCGAAAGAGGAAUCCAUAAUUUACACCCAGCUGGAAGCUAUCUUCAGGGAGCAUGUCAACAAAGAGCUUGCUCGAUUGCCCCUGGACGACGACGAGGACCAAGAGCAGGGGCGCAGUGUGCCCUACUUGAAGCUAUUCGCUUUCCUGAGCUAUCUUCGGCAACUAACGGCACAUGUCUUUGUAGCUGAGCGACUAUUCGAGAACUACUGGUCACGCGAAGAUAUACAAGCUGUGCUUCCGCAGCUUGAGGAGAUCCGCGAGACCGACCAGACUGAGUUUCUCGUAGAGCAACUUCAAGCUAUCCAUGACCGGAAGCCAGCUAACGACAACGAUGAUGAAGGGUUGAGGGGUGCCCCCGCCAGUCCCACUGAAGUUUUCAAGAUGGCAAAAGUGCCAUACAUUGAAAAACUUCUCUUAAAGCUGGCGGACGCCAAAGGCGUCAACAGCUGCAUCUGCAGAAUAUGCGGCCAGCUGCCAGAGUCUCCACACCUUUCGAAAUGCGGCCAUGCGUACUGCCUUUCCUGUUUCACAGAACGACUGGAGACAGAAAUGCAGGGCAAGGGGAAAGAAUCGAUCAAGUGUCUGCAAUGCGGAACAGAUAUCACGACGGUGCAGCUCAUGGUGGACUCACCUGGAGGCUCACGGCAAAAGCGGACCGGCAGAAGGACGCUACAACCGGCGAAACCCAAAAGAGAGUACGGCGAUGACGUGAACUUCAUACAGCCCAGGGAAGGAGGCGAGAACAGCUUUUUGAAGGCAUCAGACAAGUACGGCUACGUUAUGGUCGAAAGCGCAAAAGUUGACGCCGUCAUGAGCUGCGUUCUGAAGUGGCAGAAGUCACGUCCGAACGACAAGAUCAUAAUCUUCACACAGUGGCGUGUUAUGGGCAGCAUCCUGGGCAGAAAACUCCAGGAAGAAGACAUCCCAUUCCUAUACCACUUUGGAGAUAUGGCUCUUGAACAGAGGAACGAAGCCAUUUAUGACUUUGACGACAAACCCGAGAUCAAAGUUCUUUGGAACAGCCAGCUCGAACGACAGGCAUUUGCUCGUGUUUAUCGCAUCGGCCAACUGAAGCGCACCCACAUGGUUCGCAUUCUGACAAAGUCAUCCAUCGAUCUGAGACUGGACGCGAUUCAGAAGCUCAAAGAAGAGAUAUGCGACAAGGCACUAAACGGCGACAAAACAGCCCGCCACAACCUGUCUUUUCACGAACUUGUCAGCCUCUUCGGCGUCGUCAACACAGAUGCCCGGGGGCGUAUGGAAGUUACAGAAGGUGGUGCUUCGAGAGCCGGUGAUAAUGACGGCGAGGACGAUCAUGGCAUGAGUCAAUUGGACAGCGACGAGGAGUACUCGUCUGAUGAGAGCGAGGAGUGA